UAUGUAUUCUCACAUAAAUCAUCAGUUUAUGCACACAGCAAGUAUGUCCAGCCGGAAACAACUUGAAGUUCGAUCUGAAGAUCGGAACCCCAAGAAAUGGAGUGUCUCAUUAACAGAAGACAUGUUCGAAUCUUUCAUCUCUAAGCACAGCCCUACCACACCCACAGUGUUGAAGGUUUUUGGUGAUGGGUCAUUGUUCAGUCCAUUGCUGUUUGGAAGCUUCUUUGAUCCAUCCGAUGCCUUUCCUCUCUGGGAGUUUGAGUCAGAAAUUCUACUAUCUCCACUGCAAACCUCUGGUAAGACCACUGCCGAUUGGUCUGAAACGCCAACAGAGUAUCUACUAAAUGCAGAAUUGCCAGGGGUUGGCAAAUACAAUAAUCAAGUAUGUGUGGAGAAUGGAAAGAUUUUGGAGAUCAGUGGGCAAUGGAAGCAGCAACGAGAAUCCAAUUCAAGGGACUGGAAAAAUAGCCACUGGUGGGAAUAUGGGUAUGUCCGGCGGCUUGAGCUCCCAGAAGACGCAGAUUGGAGGAGAAUGGAGGCCAAUAUCAAUGAUGACAUAAUCUUAGAGAUAACGAUUCCAAAGACUCCUUCAAAGUCUGAUAUUCCAAGAGGAAAUGACAUAGGGUCAGGGGAUUCGAGUUCUUUUGAGUAAUUUAACUUCAAUGAAGGUGUAAGAACGUAUAUGUACUUCAAUAUACUCGAAUUCUGUUUUAA